AUGCCGCAGAACGCCAUGCUGGAGGUGGAAUUGUUUGAUAUGUUGAGAAUAGACUUCAUUGGACCGUUUCCACCCUCAUUUGGAAAAAAUUACAUCUUGGUAGCAGUGGAUUAUGUAUCAAAGUGGGUGGAAGUGAUAUUGUUGCCCACUAAUGAUUCCAGAUUUGUAGUAAAUUUCAUGAAGAACAAUAUUUUCUCAAGGUAUGGAGUACCGAGAGCACUUAUUAGUGAUGAAGGUACCUAUUUCAUAAAAAAGUUCAUGGAAAAUAUGCUAAAGAAGUACAAUGUUAAUAACAAGAUUUCCACCCCGUAUCAUCCUCAAAUGAGUGGGAAGAUUGAAGUAUCUAACAGGCAGAUAAAGCAAAUCCUUGAGAAGACUCUUGGUGCGUCUCGAAAAGACUGGGCAAUGAAGCUGGAAGAUGCACUGUGGGCAUACAGAACAACAUUCAAAACUCCUAUAGGUUGCGACAAUAUUAUGCAGUUCAGGUUGUAUAAUAUUGAUCAUGAGUUAACGGUUGAGCAGUUAGGAGGUAUUCUCCGAUUACCCCUCUAUGGUCCCGAAACUGUUCCGGAUAAUUUUGACGCUAAGGCUUUCUAG